CACCCACAGCCGAUAGUAUUUUUCUUCCAGCUACGAUAGUGACAUCUCCAUAAAGUUAUCGGAAAAAACAGCAAAAGACAUGUCAAAUAAAAUAAGCGAAUAUUUUGCAAACGAUCCGCCCAGUUUCUUCGAUGAGCUGGCUAAUAAGCCCAAAUCCAAGGACUUGCCAACAGAAGGAAGUUCCACAAGCAGCAAUACCACCAAUUCCACCACAAACAUGAUGUCCAACACCUUUACCGGAUUUUUCCAGCCACCUGAAUAUGUUGAGACACCUGAGGCAGGAGAGGAUUCCCUUAAAGUUACGGAUGAGGUGCGAAACCUGUGGGAACUGCCUAAGGAAAAUGAUACGAGCAAACUUAUAAUGCCGGGAAUCCACUUGCAAAAUGAUUUGGUUGAUCCUAUUAGCGUGGCAGUGACACAACAUCUGGGAGAAGCCGAGUUGUCCUAUCGUAAAAUACUGCGCGUCGAUGACGUCACACAGGACGAGCGCGGGCUACGAACCUUAAUCCACGCCGGUUGCUAUCGUACAGCUGUGAAUCUAACUGGCCGCCUCCUGACUAUUUAUGGCCAGGGAUACGGCAGAUCUGGUCAACCGGCCAAACACUCUCCGCACUCCCUGCAAUUGUGGUUCACCCGACUCGCUCUCCUCGCCAAACUAGGCGAGUUCGAGCUGUUGAGUGCUGAAGCAGAACCCUUUGGCCAGCUAACAAGUGCUGAUGUCUUUUACGACUUCUAUCCGGAGAUGUACAAUGGCAAAAGCGGAUCCAUAGCAUGUUUUUCGUUCCGGCUUUUACUCGCAGAGCUUCCUAUAUAUCUGGGAAAGCCUCACAUCGCGUUGGACAGACUUUCAGAACUCCAUGUCACAAGCCGGGAGAUUAAAGAACACUAUAUAAAUCUGCACAAUAAGCAGGCGGAAGACUUUUGGCAGAGGCGAUGCGAAAGGGUCUUGCAUUCGAUCAUCAACUGUGGCUUGAUGAUGAAAAAAUUCAGUAUGAUAGACGACAUAAUGGAGGGAACCCUUCUAAAGCGAUCUAACCUGAGCAAGGAGGAUCAACGAUCCUUGUACUCCGCUUGGGGACGCAUUUAUCUUCAAAUUGGUGAUAUUUUUGGAGCAGAACAAAAGUUUGCCGUCUCAAGAAGGUUGAGGGAAAUAAACUCUUCGCCAGAUCUGAGAGACCUGGUGGACAAAGGGCUAAUAGCUGUGGCCAAAAACGAUUUUCCUGAGGCGUAUGUGAUAUUCCAAAAGGCUUUGCACUUGGAUACCGGCAAUACAAUGAUUCUUAAUAAUAUGGGAGUGUGCCUUCUGUAUGCUGGAAAGCUCAAGGAUGCUAUUAACCUGUACGAACGCGCUAUCAACUUAAAUCCCCAGAAAUCCCUAAACGAGAGCUUGCUGGUCAACCUUUCGACUUUAUAUGAAUUGGAAUCCAACAACUCCAAAGCGAAAAAAUACAAUCUGCUGCGGCUAAUUAACCGAUACAAACCAGAUCUCAACAUAAGCAUAGAAAUUUGUCUGAAGCUGCAGACGAUAAAUUAGAAAUAAAAAGUUGUUAAACAUUCCAAUCAAACAGAGUAUUGAAUAUUCAUAGUCGAGGGAAAAUCGAGAA